AUGGUGGUGUAUGAUGCGGUUAUAGUAUUGGACCAUCAGAUGGAUAAACUGUAUUUCGUGUUAUUUGUUUUUCUGGUUGGUGGAGCAAGAGCAACUGGAAGCGAAGACAUGCAACCAGUUUGGCAUGAACUUGGUGCAUGGAAGUAUUAUAUACACAAUGGUAGUAGAGUUACCUACCAUAAUGCAACUAUUGCGUGUGAGUCAAUGGACGCUAAACUUGCACAAAUCAAAACUCAAGAGGUUCAAACUUUUUUGGAGAAACUGAUACCGAAAGGCACAAGUUAUCGUGAUGCUUGGUUCAUCGGUUUGAAACGAAUGCGUAAUUCAAGUUUCCAUUGGGAUGACGGAACGAUGGUGUCACCAGGUUAUGCAAAUUGGGACCAUAAGGAGCCAAACAACUCAUCUGGUGAUGAAUAUUGUGUUGAGAUAAGAUCUACAAGCAAUUACAAAUGGAAUGAUAUUCCGUGUCAUCAAAAAAGAUAUUACAUUUGUCAGCGAAAAGCAGGUGAAUAUAGAAUGCAAUAUUAA